AUGAAGAAAUUGUUGGAAGAAAACCGCGAGCAGCUCGAAGCAGCAAUUCAUAAGGAUCUUGGAAGAGACCCAUCAUUCGAGGUCACAUGGGCUAUGAAAGAGAUUGACGAAAAACUGGAACAUCUCGAUGAAUGGAGCGCACCGACAAUAGUCGCUAAGCCACCGCAACUGGAUGCUGAUAAAGAUGAAGUGAUGUUGGUAAAGGAACCAUUUGGAAUGGUGCUGGUGAUUGCGCCAUGGAAUUUCCCACUACUUACCUCGAUGCCAGCGAUUGCUGCUCUCACCGCA